UUCCGGCCCGGAUUUCGGCGUUGCCGUGGAGAUGGUGCGGUUCAAACACCGGUACCUGCUGUGCGAGCUGGUGUCGGAGGACCCCCGCUGCCGCGCCUGUCUGGAGGAGCGGAUCCUGUUCUGCCUCGUGCGGGACGCCAUCGCCCGGGCGCACGGGGCCUUCGGCUCGGCCGCCUGCGCCCUCGCCUUCACAGUGAAAUACCUCAAUGCCUACACUGGCAUAGUGCUACUUCGAUGUCGGAAAGAAUUCUACCAGCUCCUGUGGUCUGCACUGCCCUUUAUUACUUAUUUAGAGAACAAGGGACAGCGCUAUCCCUGCUUCUUCAACACACUGCACGUGGGAGGGACCAUCAGAACCUGUCAGAAGUUCUUGAUUCAAUACAACAGGCGUCAGCUUCUGAUCUUAUUGCAGAACUGCCCCGAUGGAGAGGAACGGGAGUCUAUCAAGAAGUCGCUCAUGAGCUGUUCCUUAGAAGAACAGCAGGAGGAUCAGCUUUCAGAAAGUCCAAGUGAGGAGGAUGCCACAGAGAUGGAAUGAGUAUCUGCUGGGAAACUAAGCCACCCUGAUGCCCUCUCUCCCACAAAUGCAGUGAAGUCUCCACUCACCACCUCUAGCCCAGCUAAAGGGGGGUUCAACCGUUUCCUAAGGCAGGUAGCAGAACCUUUCUGUUCUCUGCCUUGGAAGAGAUUCAGGAAGUAAGACCCCUGUGGUCCAGAACCAUGACCUUAUGAAACAAGAACUGUUUUAACCCAAAUUUUCUGCUGCUUAUCCCUUUUCAAUAUAACUUUCGUUGCUGCAAACAAAUGCCCUCAUGAUCCCUUUUAACGAUUCUCCAGUUUUCAUAGAAGCCACCGGCAGAACAGUACAACAGAUCUGGCCCUUUUGGAAUCUGGGGAAAGGAUUACACCCCCCA